AUGACCUCUUCAAUCAAGUCAACCGGCUGCCUUAUCAUUGGCGACGAGGUCCUCAAUGGUAAGAUCCAUGAUGUCAACUCAUUCGAGUUUGCCAAAUACUGUUUCAGAGAGUUGUCGAUUCCAGUUAAGAAGACCAUUGUGUGUGGAGACGACAAGGACGAUAUCAUACGUUCUCUCAAGACCCUUACGGACGAAAACUGUGACUUUAUAGUUACUUCCGGUGGAAUUGGGUCAACCCAUGAUGACAUCACAUAUGAAGCCUUGGCUGAUGCUUUCCGUGUGCCUUGUACGUUAGAUGAUGAGACGGUUCAGAGAAUGCAGACUCUACGUAAACCGUUCUUAUCUACUUUGCAGAAACCCGAAUUGGAUGCAUUUUAUCGUAUGGCCACUUUACCACAACCUUCAGAACAAACAAAGGUGCUGAAGUUGUUCAUUGACGAAACCCUCUGGGUGCCAAUUGUUGGCCUUAAUGAGAAGGUCUACGUUUUGCCUGGAGUUCCACAAUUGUUCAAAAAGCUAUUAGUGGGCUUGGGAGAAUCGGUAAAACCAAGAUGUUUGUCUCAAAAGUUCACCAGGUUCUUUGUUAAAACAAGGAAAGGUGAAUCGAACAUUGCCCCGUUCUUGACAGAAUUACAGAAUAGAUGUGAUGCUUCUUUCAAUAAGCGUGUGAAAAUCGGUUCAUAUCCUCAUUUUGAUUGGAAAAUCGUCACAGUCAGCAUCAUUGGUGAUAAAUCUGUUCCUGAGCAGGACUUAAGGAAGGUGGUUGAAGACGUUGUGAAGAAUGUGGAUGGAGAAGAGAUCACUGCAGCGGAGGAGGAUCAUCUCACAACUUGUGGCCCUCCAAAUCUAUAA